GAUUGGUAUUGCGCGCGCAGCUCAUGACACAUUUAUUCGGUAUUCCAUUUUCGAAUUUAAUAGUGAAGUUAUAUUUUUUUUUAUAAAAUAAACUCGAUAAAUAAGUUAGGACUUACAGUGCAGUGACCUGUGUUCUGUUUUUGAAUUUGUGCAUAUCGGAUUUUUAUUAAGCCUGGCGCACACGGAUGCCUCGCCACGAUGUCUUUGUCAACUAGUCGCCAACAGUUCCUGGCGUACGAAUCCCACACAGAGCAAGACAAUCAUUACAGGAAGAAAGGCGGAAUUAACAUAUCGAAAUGUAUUUGUGCCUUACUUAUCAUUAUUGCGGUGUUUGUCGCCGCCCUUGUAGGAAUUAUUGUCUACUAUUGCACGUAUAUUUGGAUGUCCCAGCAAACUGAAGAUUUUUGGAAUGAUGCACAACCUUUUGGACAAUCAACAAAACCAUCAGCUGACCUCAGGCUACCGACAACCAUUAUACCAAGUUUCUACAGAUUAAAAUUAAAAGCUGAUUUAGAAACAUCCGUAUUCACUGGUGAUGUGCUGAUAACGAUUCGAGCCAGCAAAAGCACUAAACAAAUCAUACUGCAUGCCAAAAACCUCAGUAUCAGUGAAAAUAUUACUCUAACUGAACAGACAUACCAACAUGUACCGACAAUUAAAUUAAAACGUGAGGCGAAUGCAGUAGAAAAUGCUAGCACUGAACUGACUGAUGUUGCAAUAGCAAACAGCACUGUAAGCGUUCCCACUUCUGAAGAAAACAACAUUACAAUAGAAAAUAUAACGACGAGUAGUCCUAACAUAGAGGAUACAACAACCAAUGUACCUAUUUCAGAGACAAUUACUGUGGCCUCCGUCAAAGAGGUCACACUAAGCAAUGUCCGUGAUAUAAAAGUAAAGAACAUGGAAUUCAGUACAGGUGAUCGACUCAUACUCAAUUUGGAAACACCCUUGACCCCAAAUAUAGACUAUACCCUGCAGAUAUCCUUCCAUGGAGAGAUUUUGAAUACUUUAACCGGUUUCUACAAGAGCACAUAUAAAGAGGAUAAUGUAGAUAAGCAAUUCGGAGUGACUCAGUUCGAGCCAACGUCCGCGCGGUCCGCGUUCCCUUGCUUUGACGAGCCGGCGUUCAAAGCCAAGUUCGAGAUAAGCAUCGCUCACCGACAGAACAUCUCCGUGCUGUCCAACAUGAGGGUCACCGCACAGGAACCUAUCGAAACAGAGCCUGGAUGGCAGUGGACUCACUUCGACAGAUCUGUCCAAAUGUCCACAUACCUCGUCGCUUACGUUCUGUGCGACUUCCAGCACAUAGAGACAAGCUACUUAAGCAAAGACAACGUGACCAAAUCUAUCCGUGUUUGGGCUCGACCUUCGCUGAUCAAAAAUGCCAAAUACGCCUUGUCGAUAAUACCGAAACUUUUGGCCUUUUACGAGGACGUGUUUGGCGUGCCCUAUGUUUUGGAUAAAGUGGACUUUGUGGCUAUACCAGAUUUCUCUAACGGUGCUAUGGAGAAUUGGGGAUUGAUUACAUUCAGAGAAACGACCCUACUAUAUGACGAGAAAGACGGAGUCCCCCGCCUGAAGCAGAAUGUGGCAAUCGACGUGGCGCACGAGCUGGCGCACCAGUGGUUCGGCAACCUGGUCACCAUGCGCUGGUGGACCGACCUGUGGCUCAACGAGGGGUUCGCCACCUACAUCGAGUACGUCGGUGUCGAUCAUAUUGCACCCGAAUGGAACAUUCUGGAAUCUCUGUCGCGAGACAAAAUGAAUCUCCUGAAGUCGGACGCCCUCAAGAAUACGUCGCCCGUGUCGAGGGAAGUGCUGGACGCGGCCGAGAUCUCGCAGAAGUUCGACGAGAUCUCGUACAAUAAAGGCGCUAACCUCAUCAGGAUGCUGAAUCACACCAUCUCCUAUGAAUUGUUCCAUGAGGCAUUGGUUCUGUAUUUGGAUAAAUGGAAAUACCAAAAUGCGGAAGAGAACGACUUGUGGGACGCUAUGUCUGAGGCGACCCGCUCGGACCCCUCGCUGAGGGGUCUCUCCGUCAAGCAGUUCAUGAACUCGUGGACCCGCCAGCCGGGCUACCCCGUCGUCAACGUGCUGAGGGACUAUGACUCGGGACAUGUUACCUUCAGACAGCGACUGUUUACGAACUUCCCGGAGCCAGCGCAGAGCAAGGGUCCGAAGUGGAGCAUCCCCAUCAGCUACACGGCGGCGGACGCGCCGCUCGGCUCCUGGAGCACGCAGCCCAGGCUCUGGCUCAACGACUACUCGCUGCGGCACCACCUGCCGUACAACCGCAGCCAGGCCUUGUACGUCAACGUGGACUCCAUUGGCUACUAUCGCGUUAACUACGACGCAAACAAUUGGGAGCUCCUAAUCGAGUCCCUCAAGUCCAACACCGUCAACAAUCCGAUCACUAAAGCGCAGUUGAUCGACGAUGCCUUCAACCUGGCCAAAGCCGGCCACCUCAAUUAUAGCUACGCUCUGGGGUUGAGCUCCUGUGUCAUUGACGGUGAAGACUCCAAGAUCGUGUGGGACAUGCUUCUAGAUAACAUAUACUUCUUGAACAGCAAUCUGAGAGCCACUUCUGGGUACAUAUACUUCCAGGACUACAUGAAAAUACUAUUGAAGAAGCAGCUAGAAAGAGUCAACUACGGGCUCAGAAAGCCGAAAGACGACAACGAAGCCUUCCUGAUAGAGAACCUGGUCGUGUGGGAAUGCAUUGUGGAAUCCCCUCGGUGCAUCAAUUGGGCCAAGGAUGAAUUCGAGAAAUACAUCGCGGAUCCGGAUUCUAGCGACCUACCCAGCUACCUUCGCUCGCUGGUAUACAACACUGCUGUGAAACAUGGCGGACGUCGUGAAUUUGAGCUUCUGUGGGAGCUGUACCGCAACACCAGCGAGCCCAACGCGCAGAACACCAUCCUGUCCAACCUGCCCGCCACCAGGCGAGAGUCUCUCAUCACACUAUUGCUAGAGAAAAGUCUCACGGACAUUCCAAACCAAAGCGCAACGCUACUGUGGGCGGUGGAGGCGCCCGUCGGCACGCAGGUCGCGCAAGACUUCCUCAUCGACAACUUCGACAAAGUGUACGACAAAUUCACCGGGAUUGACUCCUUCAUGUUCCCCAUCGUGCUCAACUGCGCUUUUGGCAGCAUCACUACUAACGAGGAUUUGAUCAAGCUGAAACGCUUCGCACUGAAGCACAAGGACAAGUUGAUCCCGAUGGCGCAAAUAGUGCAGAAGAUCAUAGACAGCGCCACGCUGCGCAUCAACUGGAUCAAGAACUACGCGCCCGGUAUCAACGACUGGUUCAAGCAGUAUGUCACUGACAAUUCGACGCACCAGCACACAAACUCGACCCCGGCGCCGCCGCUUACACAAAACACUACUAACGUCACUACCGACAUUAACACCACCUCUAGUCCUGUAACUAUUAGCAGUUUGCAGCCUUAACGCGUUCUUAAAUUAGUGUUUAAACCUUAAAUGUUUUUUUAGAUCAUGUCCUAAAGUCAGAAGUAGGCGUUAGUACUACCGCGAUGACUAUUUCUACCACCAACAGUAUGUUCAGGUCUGAAGCGAUAUAAUCGUAGACACAAAAAUAUGCAAUAUGCCUUAGGCGUCAUCCUAGGGUGGUAUAGUCGAUGGAUUUAUAUGUUUAACAACUACCUACCUACCUACGACCUAUGCACCAAUUUGGUCUUUAUUAACAACAUACUAAACAGUAAGCGCCGGAUGACAUUUGUCACAUAGAAUCUCAAUUUCGUAUAUGUCAACUAACAUACGUCUAAGUUAGUGAAUAAUCCUGCAGGUGCAGCCAUCCAGUAAUGGAGAAUUUUGACGAUAAAUCCUAUCAAAAAAUUAACUAUCUCAAAUAAUAAAUUGUUUAGUUUAUUGUUUAGUAUCUAAAUAAAUUGUGAUUUGUGAGCCAUUACCAAAAUGAAAACGAUACAUUAGGGAGUUAUGUAAGUAUAAAUACAUUAAUGUUGUAUUUUGCUAAACUACCCUACAAUUAUUAUGACUUGCAUGUUAGAUUAAAUGUCAAUCUUCUUCUAACAGUCAACGCAAGAGGACGUGUUCGAUUGCAUUUAAACACAGUAGAGCGGCUAAUGUUUAAAAAUGCAAUGUUUUUAUAAGAAUCUAUUUAAUAGUGGAAGCCUGUCUCAUAAAGUACACAUAAAUUUUUAUUAAAUAAUUAAAUAUAAUUAUUUAUAAGUAUAAAGUGUCUUAAAUUAAAUAUACAUCGACACUUAUUAGUUCCCAUUACUUUCUACUGUGAAUGCUACGUAUAAAUUACACAGUGAAUGUUACAUAAUUUUAAAUUAAAUCUGGUGCUCUCUUAAAGAAUAAUUACAUAAUUUUUCGUUUAUUUUAAUAUCCUUACUUAUUUUAAGUAUUUUUUUAUUAUUGUUGUAAAAUUGACUCCUAAAACUGUUUCUGCUAAAAAACUGUGACCAAACUCUUGUAUUUGAGGGUUAAUUUGAUAAUGUGAUGUGAUUGUGAACUGCAUGGGUCAGGGGUCGGCAACCUUUUAAUUGGAUAAGCCAGAAGAAUUCACAAUUUUUUUAUUUAGAAAAAAAAAACACUGAAUUCAGUUCAAUUUUCUAAAACAUAUGCUGUGCUUUAGAUUGAAAAUAAAAAAUUAUAUAUGGAAUAAAAAAAAAAUUAGUAUUUUUUAGAAAAUUCGCUAGACCUUGUAAUUGAGAUUGAGAUCGCACACAUUGAUGAAUAGUCAAAAUAACGAAUUUAAACAAAGUGAGUAAGUAAGUUUGCUGCUGAACUGAAAUCUCGCAACUUUACAUUGAGAGGUUGCCAACCUCUAGUGUGGAAUUAAUAUUUUUUUUAUUAAUAUUAAAAAUAAUUGAAAAAGACCUCCAGCCUUAAAUACAAUAACAGUUGAAACUGUAACUUGUCGAGAAAAAAAUCGAGAGAAAAGCAGAAUUAUUACUGAAUGUAUGUAAAAGUUACAUAAUUACUAGAAAAACAUGAACUAAAAUGUUCCAAGAUCUAUCUAUCGUAUAAGUAAUUUUUGUUUAAACGGAUUAAAUAAUUUCUGAUAGGUUAUUGAUUUUUCAAUAGACACUGAUGACAAUUGUUAAUGACAACAUUUUCUCACGACAACAAAAGUGUGAUCUUAUCAUCUUGUCGUAUAAGUUAUUUGCUAACUCAGUGUCUUUCUGAGGUUGAAGUCAACUAAACAUUUGACGCAUUGUACAUCAGAUAAGUGAUAUACAAAUAAAUAUUUGUUAGGAUAUUUUCCAUAAUAAACCAUUAUUAUUGUGGCUACUGGCAAAGACGUACCGCCAAGCGAUUUAGCGUUCCGAUACGAUGCCGUGUAGAAAUCGAAAGGGGUGUGGAUUAUCUUCCUACUCACUAACAAGUUAGCCCGCUACCAUCUUAGAUAACAUCAUCACUUACCAUCAAGUGAGAUUGUAGUCAAGGGCUAACUUGUAAAGAAUAAAUAAAAAAAAUUAAAUGUCAUUGGAGUUUAAAGACUUUUUCUGAAAAGGACUAAAAUAACGAAUACAACUGCAUGUCGUGAAUGCAUAUUGUUAAAUAUGGUGACAAUAUAGGUAAAUCAUAAUAAUAAUUGAUUUUUUAUAUUUAUCCUAGUGAUCUACAAAAGUUAAAUGUUCUCGCAUGUCCCAGUGUACUUGUCAUGUUAUAAUGUUUUGAGAUUUAAGAUUUUAGCAAUAUAGUGUUAAAUCAGUAGUUCCCAAUUAGUUUGGCUACUUAUACGAGAUUAAAUUCGACAUUCAGCGGCAGAGUGAUCCCCUGGGGGUGCCCUUACAACGUCUAUGAAUUCCACUGUCAAUCGCUUGACGGUAGAAUAAUAGGCAUAGGUAUAACACGACGUUGUCUUUCUAUAAUAGAAAGGGUUUUUAAAAAGAGCCUGAAUUGGUUCAUUUUAUAAACUAUACUAGACUUUAAAAAGCCUUCAAGCAACAGUUUCGUAAUCUACUACUAAGUACACUUUGACAGAUUUACUUACUCUUGACACUUGUUGUUAACUUUAGUGUUGGAUAGAAGCAGGCGUUACUUUGCGGAAGUUCAUCAUGAAUAUAUAAUAAUUUAUUUAUUUUGCUAUCAUCCGCGAAAAGCCGACGAACCCAUGCGACAACGUCACCCAGGUCCGACUAAAUACUCUCUACGUACGUUUGAACCCGAAACCGGAGCAUCCUUAGGAGAUGUUGAAAAAGGCUUACUCUACAACGUGCAAUUGCACUUUUUCGCGGAUGAUAGCAAAAUAUAUAAAUUAUUAUCUAUUGUUAGCUUUAGUUGUUGUUGUUUCACUGAAAUUGUUUUUUUAAUCAAUCAUUGUAAAGAAAAUCAGUUUUACUGAUUUUAUUAUUCUUGUCAAAAAAACCAAUGCCUUAUAUUUGUUUUGUUUUAUAUUUUUCGUCAAGAAAACCAAAGUUUUACUGAUUUUAAAACCAACGUCAUUAUCUCGUAUCUCUAGGAGAACGUGCACCUACCACUAAUUGGGAAAUACUGUGUUAAAUCAUUCCAAAAACGUUAGCCAUUUUUGAUGUUUAUGUUUUGUUAUUUUUAAUAGUAGGUAAAUAAGCCUAGCCGCACAUUAACUACUAUGAUACUAUCGAUCGUGCCAUUGCAGAAAUAAUAGCUUACAACUAUAGAGAGGAACUCCAAACACGGUCGCACGAGCGACUUUCUGCUUGACAGAACAUACUCGAUUGUGAUUUAGACGUAUUCUCAUUGCAUAGUUUUUUUACAAUUCAGAAGACAGUUUCGCCUUGAAUUUAGUUGGAAAGUGUAUAUACAAGAAUGACCUGCACGAUGAUUUGUACAACUAAAAAAGAAACAGCAAUGCAAAAACAUAUUGUUAAAUUAUCAUCUGCCUCUGACUUUUUGCCACCAACCACCACCACCACCACGUACCACAUCUAAAGGCUACCAGUCUUUAUCGUAAAUUACGUACAUAAGUCAAGCUUAUAAGAUAGGUAGCAUAUUACUCGUAUGUACUCGUAUAUAGACUCUCGCAACUUGCCCCAUUGUUAUUAAAAUUGGCAAAGCGUAGACGAUAUAUAAACAUGAGAAUGUCAAUAAUAAUCUAUUGAGAAAAUCACACUUCAAUCUAGCAAGCGUUUAGUCGUUCGAGCGACAGUCGAUCGUAUGAAACAAACAGCCAAUGCGGUUGGUCAAGUCAGAUUAGUCGCUUCAGCUAAACCAACUUAUCUAACAUAGAUAGUCAAUGUGCGGCUAGCCUAAUAAAGUUUUGUAGUUCCUAUUAGUUUGAAAAACACGCCUAGAAUUUUAAACUUUUUUUAAAAGGCGUAUAAUUAUAUAAAUCAUGUUUUAUGUUUGUAUUUUGUAAGAGAUAUUGCAUAAUAAGCUAAGUAAAGUGUUGUCCAAGUGAAUCAUUUUGAUAAAAAAUAAACUGUAAAUCAUUUUA